UGGGCCCUCGUCCCGCCGCUUCCGGGGCCCCGCCGGCCGCAGCGGGCCGGGCCGGGCAAGGGGAGCGGCCCAGGCAGGGAACCGAGCCGCGAUGAAGAAGCCGGACGGGAAGGUGGUGCUGCUGGGGGACAUGAACGUGGGCAAGACCUCCCUGCUGCACCGCUACAUGGAGCGGCGCUUCCAGGAGACGGUCAGCACCGUCGGCGGCGCCUUCUACCUGAAGCAGUGGGGGCCGUACAACAUCUCCAUCUGGGACACCGCGGGACGGGAGCAGUUCCACGGCCUUGGGUCCAUGUACUGCAGAGGAGCGGCGGCUGUGAUCCUCACGUACGACGUGAACAGCCUCCAAAGCCUGACAGAGCUGGAAGAGAGAUUCUUGGCACUGACAGACAGUGCAAGUGCUGACUGCAUUUUUGCUAUUGUUGGAAAUAAAGUUGACCUCAGCGAGGACUGUACUUCACCACCGGAUGAAAAUAGACCUGGUGCCAGCUGUGGCUCAAAGGUGCGAAAACAGGUCCGUGCAGAGGAUGCAAUUGCACUCUAUAAAAAGAUACUGAAAUACAAAAUGCUAGAUGAGAAGGAUGUUCCAGCAGCUGAGAAAAUGUGUUUUGAGACCAGUGCAAAGACAGGAUACAAGGUGGACUACCUCUUUGAAACUGUGUUUGACAUGGUAGUCCCAAUAAUUGUACGGCAGAAGGCUGAGGGGCCAUCACAAACUGUAGACAUCACGGACUACAAGCCAGCCAAAAGGACAAAAUCAGGUUGUUGUGCCUGAACCAUGUUGUGACAUAGAAAAGGGGAGGGAUUUUUCACUCCAGCUAAAUGAGGAGUAAGAACUGCUUGCAGUUGACCAGAAAGAAAAGUCAAGGAAUAAAUAGACUAAAAUGGUGUAUGCAAAGAAAAAUAAAAAAACAACAAACAAAUAAAACCCCAAAUAACUCUUGUGACCAUUAAAGGCUUCUGGGAAGCUCUGUGUAUAAAAAAAUGGGAAUAUGAGUGAAAACGGAGUAAGACUUGCCAGUUUCCAUGGGCUCUGAAGACAAAUGGCGUUAUUACAAUGGAUAGUGACAAUCAUUUGGACAGAUUGGAAAGAUUCUGAUUUUUAGUGAUUUACCAUUUUGUGUUGCAUGUAAAAGAUCUGUUUGUGUACUCUUGAAAACUUUCAUAUGAUGAUCUUCUUUUCCCUUAUGAUUCUAACUUUGGAAGAUUGAACACAUGGUACUUUUUUAUUCUUAAGGAAAAAAGAAAAUCCAAGUAUAUUUAUAUUUGUAUCUAAUAAAUCAAUUGCAAUCUUUUUAUGUCAGACAUGACAUACAAUUCAGAAGCUGAACUAUUAAAAUCAUUGUGGAUAUGUACUGUUCAUUUGGAGACUUUAUUAAUGAAAAUUCUUCUUCCAUAGUGGGCUUGUGUUAACAAGCAGUAUCCCAGCUCUUACUGUUCUAAUUGCAAGUUGCAGGAGGAAGUUUUUUACUUUCCUUCCAUUUUUCUCUUGUAAUUCUUUUUAAUAUAGGUGAGUUUUGGGGAAGAAAUCAA